GCGCACAUUUCUUGAAGUUCCAGAAACAGCAUGUGGAGAUGAGGGUGCUGCUGACAGCACAGGGUGUGUCUCCAACGCUAAACACUCAUUGACCUGUGUAGUAGCUGCUCCCUAGUUUAUCUGGGCUUUCAGUACAGAGAAUCCACUGCUGGUGCAGCAUGGUCCUUGCCUGCCCAGCAUUCUCCAGAGUUCAGGAUUCUAGCCUGCUCCAUGAGGAACUGAAAGACGGAAUGGACAAGUCUACCUUCAGUAAUCGGGAGAUUAAGAAACACGUGCGUCUACAGGAUAGAAGAGGUUCCAAUGUGUCACUGGUGCUGGACAUGAGUUCCUUGAGCAACACAGAACCUAUUCGAGCAGUCUCUACUCCAAGGGACGUCACAGUGCAGCUCCUGAAUUCAGCAAGUCAUGUUCUUACUCAGGAGAUGCUCCAGCAGAAGAUCUGGAAUCUAGAGGAACUUCUAGAGGAGUUCGCGAAAAUCCCUUCAAACUUCGCCAGUUCAGAAGAGCUGGACAUCCCAGGACGAGCAGCAAAGGACAGAUACAAAUCCAUCCUACCAAAUCCCCAGAGUCGUGUCUACCUCAAGAGAGCUGAAAGCCAAGAAGAGGAGAGCUACAUAAAUGCAAACUACAUAAGGGGUUAUGAUGGGCAGGAGAAAGCCUACAUUGCCACUCAGGGCCCCAUGCUAAAUACAGUCAAUGAUUUCUGGACAAUGGUGUGGCAGGAACAGGUUCCUCUUAUAGUUAUGCUCACCAAACUCAAAGAAGAGAAAGAGAAAUGUAUCCGUUACUGGCCUGAAACAGAAGCAACCUACGGGCCUCUCAUAAUCCGAGUGCAUGGCACAUGCGAGUGUGAAGAAUACACCAUCCGAGAUAUUGGCCUGCAGCUCAAAGAUGAAUGUCGCAAUGUGAAGCACCUCGUAUUCCCAUCCUGGCCAGAUCAGAAGGCCCCGGAGUCAGCCAAGACUUUCUUGAACUUAGUUUUGGAGGUGGAAAAAAUCCUGCAGGCUUCACAGAGCACAGGACCUAUUGUUGUGCACUGUAGUGCAGGAAUUGGUCGGACAGGCUGCUUUAUUGCUACACAAAUUGGAUGCCAGCAGCUGAAGGACAAAGGAGAGGUGGACAUUCUGAGAAUAGUAUGCCAGCUACGCAUAGACAGAGGUGGAAUGAUACAAACCAGUGAACAAUACCAGUUCCUCCAUCAUACGCUGGCCAUGUAUGCCUCACAGCUUCGUUAGCAGACUGACUGUGUUAGCACAGGAAAUCAGCAGCCACUUCACCCUUGGAUUGAUGGACUCUAUAAGGCUAACAACUGUCACAUCCAGAGAACUAUAAUGUAUAUUUUAACCCUCUGUAGUCUAAACCAGUUCACAAGAAGAUCAGUCACACUGGUUGCAUAUAAUUGGAUGGUGUUAUAUCUGGAAGCAGACUUUCAAGUGAAGGUCUUUCUUUCUUUGAAAUUUCUGAACAACAAUUUAUGUAAUCCCAAAUUUGAUAUCCUGUUUAUGGGAAAGGCUUUGGCCGAAUCCACACUUCCUUUCUGUUUCUGUGCCUUUUUCGCAAGCAGUGCGCUGUUCAUGCAGAUACUCACAUGCUUUCCCAUUCCGCGUGUUCCCCGCCAUCACCGUGCCACAAUUGCGCCUUCCUUCCAAAUCACAUGAUAGUGGCGGAAAUCCAUUUUCUCCCCGCCUUUUUUUUUUUGCACAGUGCAGAAAGGUCAGUAUACCGGUAAACCAACUGUAGUGAGCAGCGGUUUGUGUGAGAAAAGAAACGGUCACUGGAGCAUGCGCAUGUCACAUGGGGACCGUUUCCCUACUGUGUCCCGCCAUUUUUAAGAGCGCGAGGAACCAAGCCGAGCAAUCCUGUAUUUCCCACAAUGAUCGUCUCCAGUAAACGGCAGGUGCGGAAAACAAAUAUAUUCCUGAAAGCUUAGGAUGCAGGUGGGAGAUUCUACCAUGUGCAAAAGACAGAAUGCAUCAUCUCGUGGUGUUGCAUGGCUGUGCUGCGAAGCAUGCCAACCACAAUCUGAGCCAUCAUCACAAAUAUCACACUCUGAGCAUCCAUGUUGUUAACUACUAAAAGCAGAAAACCACUCUGAGCAGCAGAAUUUCCGGACAAUGCCUUUAAUGUGACAAUCUAAUUUCAAAUUUGCCCGCCAUACCAACCAGCCAAUUGUUAGA